UCACCUGUGGUGGAUAUUGACAUGUUGAUGUUGUUCUACCUUGUCACUAGAAUGUACGGCAUGCUGUUGCUCAACAUUCAAAAACUAAAUGUUUACAUUUUCAAAAUUGUUAAAAGCACUUAUAGACAAAUAAUUAAAUAAGACAACAUUAACAAAGAAAUGAAAGGGGAAUAAAAAAGGACAAGGUAAAAGAAAUAAAAGGACAUUUUGAGUAAAAAAAUCAAUAACAUGAAUACAUUAUGAAAAAAAAAGUGUAAUUGUAAAUAAAAAAAAAAGAAAAUUAAAUGGGAAUGAAUUUAGAUUUAAAAAUAUAAAAUAAUAACUCAAUCAUAAUCCCUGUGUGUAGAUUGUGUGUGUCCUUUCUCCUUCACAUAAAAACAAUCCCCCUGUAAUCCCAUGAGAGACCACUCCAUCUCAGGGGUUUGGCUAUUUUUGUAACCUGGUACAUGAGUGAACCUUUGAAUUUUAUUUUGAAAUCAAAUAAGUCAUAAGAGUUAUUUUGUGACAAUGCUGUUGUUGGAAAUAUUUUUUGUCAUUCUGGAGUCGACACUGCAAGUGUGUUGGUUUAUUUUCAGCUGUGGUUUCCUGUGAAUAGUUGUGGUAGUUUUCGCUGAACCCUCUGGAAUAACAGCAUAUGAUUUAGUUCUGGCCGAAAGGCGGAGCAUUUCUCUCCUGUGUUCACACCCUAGUGUGAGUUUGUACAUGUACAUUCAAGCAUUUCUGCCCUCUUCAAAGUUUUCACGUGGAACAUUAUGAAAUGUAGAGCACCAGAGGACAAAAUGUGGGUGAGUGAUGGAUCAUCUUUUAUGGUAGUAAUUUUGAAUUGAAACUUCAGAAUGUCCUAAAUUUGUAUGUUUUUCUCCAGAAUUCCCAACUUGACUCAUUCCAGAGAUGAUAGUGUUAUGCAUUCAAGUCCGGAUCUGUUACAGACUUGUUUUCGAUGAAAAUGCUGAAGAAGCUCCAGUGUUUCCUUCUGUUGGGAACAAUAUUUAUCAUACUCUUCGUAAUAGUUCACUGGGAUGACGUGAGAGAUGGGACUUUUUAUCUGCACGUGGCAUCAUCAUCACCCCCCGAUGUCCCCACGAGCAUGACGUCCUCUGAACGUAGGACAAGUGAGGAUUCAUUUAUGUGGAGAGAGUCAAGCAGGUCAGUCAAACCAAACCUGACAAUCAUCACACCUCACCCAAAACAUGACCACAGUCCAAACUACCUAAUGCACACGUUUACGCAGUCUUCUCCCACACAACUCACACUGCGUCAAGCACAUCGUAGACGUGUUAUAAGAGAGCUUUGCUCAGCCAAUAGCAGCUUGAACUUCCCAGGAAAAUUUAAGACAUUUGACCAGAUUCCAAGCAAAGCCUUGGAUCAUCUCAUUGUGGAUGAUCAUCAUGGUGUUAUUUACUGUUUUGUACCAAAGGUAGCAUGUACCAACUGGAAACGAGUCAUGAUUGUGCUCAGCCAGAACCUGAAAGCACCAAAUGGAGCUCCAUAUCUGGAUCCUCUUGAUAUACCAUCAGCGUUAUCCCACAAUGCAACUCUGCAUCUGACGUUUAACAAAUUUUGGAGGCUCUUUGGUCGUUUCUCACGACCUUUAAUGCAUCACAGACUAAAGAAUUACACUAAGUUCCUUUUUGUACGGGAUCCUUUUGUACGACUUAUUUCUGCUUUCCGGAACAAGUUUGCUAGGCCAAAUGAGGAUUUCUACAGACAGUUUGGGUCCACAAUACUUCAGCGUUAUGCUAAUAUUUCAAACCCCCCUGACUCUGCUCAAGAGGCCUUCGCCGCAGGUAUCAGACUGUCCUUUACUCACUUUAUUCAGUACCUGUUAGACCCACAGACUGAGAAGGAAAAUCCAUUCAAUGAACACUGGCAGCAGAUUUACAGACUCUGCCAUCCGUGCCAAAUUGACUAUGAUUUUGUUGGGAAGCUGGAAACUCUUGAUGAGGACACAGAACAUUUGUUGAAGAUUCUUGGGCUGGAUAAUCAGAUUCACUUUCCCCCAGGGUACAGCAAUAGGACGGCUGUAAAUUGGGAGAGAGACUGGUUUGCAAACAUAUCAAUAGCUGACAGGAGAAAACUUUACAAUCUUUAUGAAGCAGACUUCAGAUUAUUUGGAUACGACAAACCUGAGACACUUCUGGACGAGUGACAGAGCCAGUUGUUUCUUUAAAAGGGAUUACAUGCAUAGAAUAUAAAAUAAAAGUGGAUUGUACAUUUACUUUGGUAAUUAAACAUAAUUCUAAUUUAUUUGACUAAAACAGUGAAUUAUCAGGUGCACAUUUUUAUAUUUGUUCUUAAAUUGUUGAUGUUUUGUAUUGUUUUGCUCAACGAUUAGAUUUUCAUGUUGCCCUCACAGAAGAUUUCAGUAAUAUUUCAUUGUUCAUACAAACACUGUUAUGUAUGGAAGCUUGUUUCCGUCACUAAAUAAAAAAAAUAAAAAAGGUAA